GAGUUCUUUCACUUUUGCUCGUGUGUGCAGGAACCAGACGUCAAGAAGACAAGUGGAAGGGAUAGACCGAGCCACAGUUUUAAUGUUGUGGUGUGAAAAAUGGCAGAAGAAGAUGGAAAUGGACGAAUGCAACUGGAGGAGAUGCUCACAUGCCCAGUGUGUCAGGAUAUCUUCAAAGACCCCCGGCAGCUCCCAUGUGGACACAGUUUGUGUAUGGGUUGUGUGGAGAAGAUGAUUGAUCAUGCCUCAGAUGUUCCCUUUCGCUGCCCAGAUUGCAGGGGUUAUUUUGGACAGAUCAUCGGGGUCCAGAAGAGCUACACACUGGCCAACAUCGCAGAGGAAUUCAGGGUGAACAGGAACAGGAUGGUACAGGACUUAAAAGGUGUGUGCUGCGACUGCUGCUCAGACAACACCCCUGCUUUCAAAACCUGCCUGAAGUGUGAGGUGUCGAUGUGCAAAGAGCAUGUGAAGCCCCAUCUCGAGCUGCCAGCAUUCACCGGACACCAGCUGGUCAAACCGCUUAGCGACCUUGCACAGAGGAAGUGCCCUCAGCACGAGGACGAGGUGCUGCGGUACUACUGCAGGACCUCCGGACGCUACAUCUGCAACCUGUGCGCCCUGGAAAACAAACAGAAGAACCUGGCAACGGAAACCUGCACCAUCAUGCGCAGACAGAUCACUGAGUACAUGGACGAACGCUUCAGAAGCCUUCAGGAAAAAAUUUCAGAUUCAACCCACGCUGUGAGACAGCUGAAAGCAGAAAUCCGAAGUGAUAAUCAAAGAUCGGGUUCCGUCAACUCGUGCUUCAACAGCGUCACUGUGGUUCUGCUCUGCCUGUGGUUCAUCGUUCUGUAUUAUGCCUACCACUACUCUGUAGAAAACCAGAAACUGACAGAGGCCUGGGACACGCAGCAGAAACACGUGCAUCGCAUGUAUUCCAACAUAGCAGAACUGAUGGUUGAUUAUUCAGAGAGGAGCCGCAAAGAGACCAAGCCUCCAGAGACACAAGAUGAAGGAAACUUCAUGCUGGACCUGGACAGCGUCAGUCCGUUCCUGAAAGUGUCCGCUGACCUCCAGACGGUGCAGAGAGUGAAGACCAAGCUGGAUUACUCAGUCAGUAAACACCGCUUCACCGAGGCCCCCCAGGUCCUCUCGUCCCACUGCUUCUCCUCCGGGACCCACGUCUGGGAGGUGGAGGCCGAGGGAUACUGGGACAUCGCCGUGUCUUACAAGAGCAUCCAACGACUGGGCAAAGACGCCAGUGCCUUUGGGAACAACCCCAAGUCCUGGAGCCUCAUGCAUAACGACAAAGGUAAACUGGCUGCCUACCACAACCGGAUCAAAAUGGCUCUGUCCGGAUCCCUGCAGAGCAACCGGAUCGCAGUGAUGGUCAAUUUUGACAAAGGCAGCAUCACAUUCAGCUCCGUGGACAUUAAAACCACCAAGCUGCACGAGUUCAGCGCUGAACUGACUGAGCCGGUGUGCCUGGGGUUCGGCCUGUAUCGAGUGGAUCCCAUCAGCAAAGCCUCCAUCAUCAGAGCCUCCUGAAGAGACCAAUGUGAGUAACCGGGUCCAGUUGGUCAAAAGCAGUCUGAUCAGAUUGGAUCAAGGCUAGGAAAUCAUUAGCCUCAGAGCAUAAUUGCCUUAGUCAUAUUUUUUUUCAGAUUAUAGAAAAUGAUGAAAAAUGAAUAUGCAGUGUUAGGAGAGUGAAGUUAUGCACGAUUUGGCCAAAAAUAUGAAAAAAAAAAUUAAAAUUAUGUUAUGAGGCUAACGAAAUGAUUUCCAUUAUUCUGAAAUCCUUUAGAUCAGUGGUUCUCAACUGGUCCAGCUUCAGGACCCAUUAUCACCCCUCAAUGACAAGCUGGCAUUCAAUGGGUUAAAAUCCUGAAAAAGAUUAAAUAUCUAGUAGAUUAAUGGAGGAAAAAAAUACUGAUAUAUGAUCAUUUUACAGGAGUUUUUUUUUUUUUUUUUUAAAGCCCAAAGGUUUCCAGAAAGUGCAAAAAGUGUCCGUAGUGCAUAAUAGGCCUCAUUAGACUAAAAGACUAUAUAAAAAAAGAAAUAAUAAUAAAGAAAUUCAUGCCAUAAGAUUAGCAAAUCAAAAAGAAAAGAUGACAAAAAUGGCCAAAGGGGUCCUUGAGGUUAACUGAAUGUAAUUUUCCCAAAUCUUAUGCUAAGUGAACACACUUAUCAUGCGAUUGUGCCUUAAGUCACAUAUUCUGUCCCUUCUAAGUCAAAAUAUAGGACCAUGAAGAUGAACAACUUGUCGCCUUAGAUGUUAAUUUAUUUAUAUUUUUGCACUGUGGUAAAGUAGGUAUUAAGUUACUUAUUAAGCCUGUUAUUUCGCUAAAGUUGUAGCAUUUUAUGAUUGAGUCCUGCAUCUUCUUGUUGGGGUUCAUUUUACAGUAAUUACCAACCUUUAUUUACACAUUUCUUUGGUAAAUAAUUGGACACAACAGUGGUUUAAAAAAAAAAAGUCAGGAAUAAGACUGAGAAUUCAACAAAACAGUCCCAUCAUUAGUUUGAACUCUCAUUUACCACUUUUAUUUACUUACAAGACUAUAAAUCAGUCAAAAGUAGUUUCUAACAAAUGCAUCUAUAACUGCACAUCAGUUCAGUCUCUGAUUCAGAUGAGUCUAAAAUCUUUUAAUGUCUGUAUCUGAAACAAUGAAAACCAUGAAACCAGGCAUAAAAGUAAAAUCCAGAUCAUUCUGAAUCUGAUCAACUGGCCCCAAAUGAAAAUAAAGGCUCACUUUCACUGAGAGAACUGAGUUAAAGCAAAAAAAAAAAAAAACCCAAAACCUCUGUCUCAGGUAUAUUUUUAUAAUUGAAUGUCAAUUUAAUGAAUGUAAAUAUGUUGAUCUUUAUUUUAAUAUAAAAAUGUGUGUAAUACAUGUUAAAUACAGCAGUAUUUCAUGAAACUGGUGGACUGUCUUUCUUCAGCAUAAGGGGAUGGGGAUAUGAGAAACUGAUCCUAAUGUGUGUCAAUGUUUUAAUAAAUGUCAGGUGAUAUCAGUAAAAACAGAUAAAAUUUUAGAACUAAGUGAAAGAAAUUAAAUCAAAUCAAGAAGCUUCGAAUGAAACAGAUUAAGUCACAUUAUUCACCAUCAUUUGGUUAUAAUGGACUGUUUUACUGCAGCUACAAAACCUCUACUUUUCCUAAAGUUUUCCUUUUUAACAAGAAGCACAUUCUUCCAGAGCUUCCCCAACUUUCACUUUUAGGAAUGCAAUAAGAAAAGAGAAUACAAGGCUGCUUUGAGCAUUUUUUUUUGCUCAUUUAUUACGAAAACAUGGAGAUCUGGCAUUCCCCCCCCCAACCAUAACAUUGAUCUGAUCCAGUUUUUUUUUUUAAUAUAAAAAGGCAAAAUGACAUCUUUUAAGCCACUAUCUUCGAUACAAAAAACAGAGGCAUACAAUGGU